AAGGACCGUUGAAUUUGAAGCGGUAGGUUACAGGAAAGUUCAUCAUUACUCGUCCUUCUUCCUUUAUUUAAUUCCACAUUUCAUAUUGUACUAGUUACAACUUGUCUUUCCACUCCUUUUCUUUUCCUUUCUUCCUUCUUUUCUAUUUUGCAUAUUUUCAGGAAAGUUCAUCAUGACAUCUCCAAGGAAAAAGAAUGAUCAUACCGUGUUUGUGAGCUUCAGAGGCACAGACACACGUUUCAAUUUCACUGAUCAUCUUUUUGGUGCCCUUCAAAGAAAAAGAAUUUUUACAUUCAGAGAUGACACUAAUCUUCAAAAAGGUAAUUCCAUAGCAUCCGACCUCAUUCAAGCAAUUGAAGGCUCUCAGGUUUUCAUUGUUGUAUUCUCUAAAAACUAUGCUUCUUCAACUUGGUGUUUGCGAGAAUUAGCAUACAUCCUUAACUGCAGUGUAUUGUAUGGAAAACGCGUUCUGCCUGUUUUUUAUGAUGUUGAUCUUUCUGAGGUGCGAAAGCAAAGUGGUGGUUAUGGUGAAUCCUUUAACUAUCAUGGAAAGAGAUUCCAAGAUCACUCAAAUAUGGUGCAAAGAAGGAGAGAAACUCUACAGCUAGUGGGUAAUAUCUCUGGCUGGGAUCUACGUGAUAAGCCACAUCAUGCGGAGCUUGAAAACAUAAUUGAACAUAUAAAUAUUUUGGGUUGCAAGUUUCCAAGUCGUACAAAAGAUUUGGUUGAGAUUAAUUAUGACGUGUUUGUGAGCUUUAGAGGCCCAGACACACGCUUCAAUUUCACCGAUCAUUUUUGUGCUGCCCUACAAAGACGAGGCAUUAAUGCAUUCAGAGAUGACACUAAACUUAAAAAAGGCGAAUUCAUAGCACCCGGACUCUUUAGAGCAAUUGAAGCCUCUCAGGUUUACAUUGUUGUAUUCUCUAAGAACUAUGCUUCCUCAACUUGGUGUUUGCGAGAAUUGGAAUACAUCCUUCAUUGCAGUAAAAAACAUGGAAAACACGUUCUUCCUGUUUUCUAUGAUGUUGAUCCUUCUGAGGUACAAAAGCAAAGUGGUGGCUACGGUGACGCCCUGUCCAAACAUGGCUUAAAUAUGGUUUAAAGAUGGAGAGAAACUCUCACACAAGUGGGGAAUAUCUCUAGCUCGAAUCCGCGUUAUAAGUAAGCAAUCUUCCUAAUUUUUUUUAUUGUAUAUAUUGAUGCUCUUACUUGUACAAAUUUUAAAACUUUGACUCAUAAAAUAUCACUAAUUAUCAUUUCGCAUGCCACAUCAUUUUAUUUUUGCUACCUCACUUAAAUUUUGAGUUGAUCGUCAUUCCCAAUUACCUUGAGCGCAUUGAAAAAAUGGCAUUCAAUAUAAAUAAUGGUUUCAUCGGUUACAAAAAUCUAUUAUAAUAUACAUUAUUCGAUCAUUAUUAUAAACAAAAAUCUGCAUUUUAAAUUCAUUUAACGAGGAAUGCUAACAACACUCACUUUUCAAUACUUUUUUAUUAGGUGGAAUCAAUGUAUGUCUCACUACUUUGUGUUGGUUCAAUUUUCAAAGUGUAGAUCCACAAUGAUUUAAACCAAUAAGGGAAUGAAUAUUAGAGAGGGUGUUCAAAAGAGUAUUGCUAGCAUUACCCCCAUUCAAUUAAUGAAACAAAUGUCAUUUAUGAUAGACCACAUACAUAUCAUUUAAUGAAUAAAUCUACAAUGUUUGAAUAAUUAAUAGGAUCUAUGGUGGACCAGUUAACGGCCAAAGAUUUAUUUGAAUAAUGGGGACAAACAUAAAUGACUA